UGGGAGACAACUGGAGCGCUUCUGGCUCUAGCAAUCACCAACAAGAACACCAACCAACCAAUAUACCCAAUAGAGGUAAAGCGGCGUAUCAGAUCGUAGAUUCCAUUAUACUAAUUCAAUGUGCCAAAUCAGAACGACUAUGGGUGACUGAUCCAUGGAAACGAACUCACUGCUUAUUCACAUUAUGGAUCUGGGUAGUCUUCUGUAAUCUUGGUAUAUGA